AUCUAGUCUAGAUACAUCCUUUAUACUAAGCUAAAUUAUUGUCUUUGUGUAAAAGACAAUUCUGUAUUUAUUUAUAGUCUAUAUUUUAAACAUUAUCAUGACAUGACAUUUCGGAUGACCGUUCUUGACAUCCUGACAGCAUUAUUUCUUUGGCUUCUGUGAAACUAUAAACGCACCUUAAAUUAGAAUUCACUAUUUAUUUUUCCACUAUAUUCACAGUGCUAUAGAGAUAGGACAGUAAAAUGAUUUAAAACAUGUAUAUCUUGUUGUUAGAUUAGGUAAUUAGUAAGUCGAAUCAUCGAUCUGAAAUGGCACAUCACCAUAGCAAAAAAACGAAGAAGAAAGAUAAAAAGGAGAAUAAAGAAGUUGAAUCAAAAUCGGUUGCACCAUCUAUUUCUUAUUUUACUUUGUACAGAUUUUCGACAAAGUUGGAUAAAUUUUUGAUAUCUAUAUCAAUACUAGCAUCUUUAGUUGCUGGAGUCACACUGCCAUACGCUAUAACUUUAGUGGCGGGUGUGUUUCAAAAUAUGAUAACGUACGACAAGGCAGUGCAAGCAGGCACACAAGAUGACGAAGCCUUUCUCUCUAAAAUGCACAAAUUUGGUGUUACAUACUCAUGUGUUGGUGUACUUCUCUUCGUUUGUGUGUAUUUGGGGUCUGCACUAAUGAAUGUAACGGCAAUAAAUCAGGUAUUUAAAAUCAGGGAAGAAUAUUUAACGGCAGCUUUAAAUCAAGAUUUUGCUUACUUUGAUAAAAAUCAAACAGGAGAUUUUGCGUCGAAAAUGGCGGAUGAUGUAAUAAAAUUAGAAGAGGGUAUUGGCGACAAGGUGUCAUCUUUCGCGUACAGUUCGACCACAGCCAUUGGAUGCAUCGUCAUGGCUAUGAUGAAGGGAUGGAAGCUUGCGUUGCUCUGUCUGACAACCACACCUGUGACGUUCAUACUUGUAGGCAUAACUGGGCGAAUUGCAGAUCGUCUGUAUAAAAAAGAAGCAGCAGAGACUGGUCGAGCUAGUUCUGUUGCUCAGGAGGUAUUGAGCUCUAUUCGGACUGUAUAUUCUUUUAAUGGACAGAAGAAAGAGUUAGAAAGGUACAAAAAGCCUCUGGCUGCUGCUAAGAAGAUUUAUAUACAAAAGGAAUUUUUCACAGGACUCUCAAUGGCAUUUCUAUUUUUUUGUGUUUUCUGCUCCUAUGCGUUGUCAUUCUAUUUUGGAAUUUACCUCGUAAUUAAUGACCCCGAAAACUAUAACGCUGAUGUCAUGUUUUCGGUAUUUUUUGGUGUAAUGACAGCUCUUGGAAACUUUGGUAUUGUUGGAUCUUUAAUGCGGUCAUUUGGUUUGGCUCGUGGUGCAGGGGCUCAGAUAUUCAAUCUUUUGCAAAAUGUUCCUACAAUUAAUCCUUUAUUAGACAGAGGAUUCAAACCGCAUACAGCUGAAGGGACAAUCGAAUUGAAAAAUGUGGUGUUCCAGUAUCCAUCUAGACCGGAUGUGCCUGUUUUAAAAGGUGUCAGUUUGACCGUGAAACGGGGGCAGUCGGUUGCACUAGUUGGACAUUCAGGAUCUGGGAAGUCUACUGUAAUUCAGCUUAUAUCCCGAUACUAUGAUGUGGUCAGUGGUAGUGUGUGUGUGGAUAAUAUAGACGUGCGUGAGCUAUCAGUUCGAUGGCUGCGGUCACAGAUUGGGUUGGUGAGACAAGAGCCGGUGCUGUUCAAUAACACGGUCCGGGAGAAUAUUCGCUACGGACGUGAGGACGCUACUGAUGCAGAGAUACAAGCUGCCGCAGAGCAGGCAAACGCUCACGACUUCAUCACAAAACUGCCCAAGGGCUACGACACGCUGGUGGGAGAGCGUGGUGCAUCAUUGUCCGGUGGGCAGAAGCAACGCAUCGCGAUAGCUCGCGCUCUGGUCCGUAAACCUCGACUGUUGCUGUUGGAUGAGGCCACAAGUGCACUAGACACCGCUUCCGAAGCAAAAGUGCAGCUUGCACUCGAUAAGGCUGCGGAGGGUCGGACGACGCUGGUGGUUGCUCACCGGCUGUCCACAAUCCGACAUGUGGGUCUGAUAUACGUAUUCCAAGACGGAGAAAUAGUGGAGAGUGGCAACCACGAGGAGCUCAUGGCAAAUAAAGGGCAUUACUAUGAAAUGGUGUCGAUACAAGAACCAGAUAAUCUUGCUGCUAGAGAAGAUCAAACUAUAUUGAGAGAAGAGUCUGGUGCAUCAGAAGCCAGCAAAGAGGAAAUGAUGGAUCAACCACUGGAAGAAGAGGACUCGGACAAAGCGCGCCCUAUAUCUUUCUGGCGCGUAUUGGCCAUGAAAUCACAGGAAUGGAAGUAUUUGGUGGCUGGUACCAUUUGCUCUGUAGUCAUUGGAUUCUCGAUGCCACUCUUUAUUCUGGUGUUUGGAGAUUUAUUUGGGUCUAUGUCAGAAUCUGAUCCAAAUAAAUUAAUGGAUAAAGUGAAGAAAGUUUCGAUAUUAUGCAUACUCAUUGGGUUACUUAUGGGAACCUCAAAUUUGAUUGAAGCGGUAUCAUUCGGCAUUGCCGGCGCACACCUGACCGAAAGGCUACGGACACAGAUGUUCGAGCACAUGCUUCAACAGCACAUCGGAUUUUUUGACGAGCGACGCAACUCAACCGGCGCUUUAUGUGCCAAACUCUCUGCUGAGGCAGCUUACGUACAGGGUGCAACAGGUCAGCGCAUCGGCACAUGUUUGCAAGGCAUCGGUUCGGUGGGGCUGGCGCUGGUGCUUGCCAUGCUGUUUGAGUACCGCUUGGGACUGGUCGCGCUUUGUUUCCUGCCCCUCAUAAUCUUCGUCGUAGUCCAACAGAUCAAAGCCACCAGGAGAGAAUCUUAUGGAAACGCUAAGGCGUUGGAAAGUAGCACUAAGAUCGCGAUAGAAGCGGUGUCGAAUGUGCGCACGGUUGUGUGUCUCGGUCGGGAGCAUAUGUUCGUCAAAGAGUACGUGAAACAACUGGCACCAGCGCUUGCCGACGCGAAGAGGGCCGCUCACUGUCGCGGCCUCGUCAACGGACUGUCGCGCUCCAUAUUUAACUUUAUCAACGCUGCUUCACUUACUUACGGGGGGCAUCUCAUAGUUUCGGAAGGAGUCGCCUAUGAACAUAUUUUGAUAACAACUCAAUCGUUGCAAAUGGCGUCAGGUCAGGCGCAGAAUGCGUUUACGUUCACACCAGAGUUCGAAAAGGGUGUGAGUGCAGCCACACGGAUCACAGCUCUACUUGAAUCCAAACCACAAAUAUGUGAUCCAGCUACACCGCUUGUCUCUCCCUUUAAAUCCAAAGGCGAGGCGAGUUUAAAAGCGGUGCAUUUUAGAUAUCCGACUAGACCGGGUGUACAUGUGCUACGAGGCUUGGACUUACAGAUACACAGAGGUCAAACAAUCGCUUUGGUUGGACGUAGUGGAUGUGGCAAGAGUACAGUAAUUCAACUUCUGCAAAGAUACUACGAUCCUGAUGCCGGAUCCGUUUGUUUGGAUGAUAUUCCACUGGCGGGGUUGACUUUGUCGGAGGCUCGCGAGUGCUUCGGGCUGGUUUCGCAGGAACCCGUGCUCUUUGACUACAGCAUUGCCGAGAAUAUAGCGUAUGGGGCUUACAUGCGCUCUCCAACUCAUGAAGAGGUCAUCGAAGCUGCUAAGCAAGCUAACAUACAUAAUUUUAUCGUAUCUCUACCACAGGGUUACGAUACGAAUAUUGGUGCAAAAGGCAUGCAGUUAUCAGGUGGACAAAAACAGAGGGUAGCUAUCGCCCGAGCGCUCAUUCGACAUCCACAAAUCCUUUUGCUCGACGAAGCUACUAGUGCUUUGGACACUGAAAGUGAAAAGGUAGUACAAGAGGCGUUAGACGCAGCUACUGCGGGACGUACUUGUAUUACUAUCGCACAUCGGUUAAGUACAGUCCGUGACGCCGACCUUAUCUGUGUGGUCGCCAAGGGCCGCGUUGCCGAAGCGGGCACCCAUCAGCAGCUUCUCGACCUCAAAGGACUCUAUUAUGACCUCCAUGUAAACGCUAAAUAAACCAUUUACUUAAAA